AUGAAUCAAGAUUCGGCAGACGACUUGCGUCAGAAGGGAAACCAUGAGUUUCAACAAGGCAACUUGGACAAUGCUGUCUUCUUUUAUACUUCUGCGAUCGAAAAAUCGACUCAAACAAACGACAACCAAGCACUGAUUCUAAACUGCUGUAAUAGGUCUGCGUGUUUCUUUCAGCUGGAGGAGUACGAAAAAGCAAAAGAAGAUGCUACUUUAGCGUGGAAACUGAGUAAAGAAUCCAAUGUAAAGGCAUCAUACCGUCUGGCAAAAACACUUCUCGCAUUAAAGGAAUUCGACGGGACCGAAAAGGUUCUCAAAAGCGCUCUUACGAUUGAAGGUUUGCAGACACAAGAAGAACAAGCCCUUCGCGAUUUACUGAAGCAGGUAGAAAAGGAACGCGCACAACCAGAUAAUACAGCUGAGGAAAAAUCCAUCAAAAGUGUCAACAGACCUGUGUCUAUCAGAGAGUUCGAGAAGAAGGAAACCUUAGGAGUCGGAAACUUUAGUGAAAUCUUAGUUGCUCGACACAAGAUAACUGGGGAAACGUUUGCAUUGAAGGUUCUCGAAAAGAAAAAAGCAGCCGAUCUUGCGAAACGACAACAUCCAAAUGUCUACAAUGAAAUUUCGAUGGAAGCCAGGGUUUUGAUGGAAAGGCUGCCGCCUCAUCCCUCCGUAGUUACAAUGUAUCACUCGUUUCAAGAUUACAACAAUGUGUAUUACUUGAUGGAUUUACAAAACACGAACAAAGACCUGUGGUCUCGGCUGCGGCACAAUGGAUGCAUGGUGGGAUGCCAUUCUUCACAGGCCAAGCGAUGGAUGCUUCAGCUGGUUGAUGCUUGUGAGCAUAUACACAAGCAUGGUAUUGUUCAUCGUGAUUUAAAGCCCGAAAAUGUGCUCUUGGAUGGGAAAAACCAUGUUGUCGUCAUCGAUUUUGGGACGUCAAAGGAUCUGAUACAAACCGACUUGAAUGGACCAGAAUUCGUUGGGACUCCCGACUUUAUGAGUCCUGAAGCGGUGACUGGAUUCUCAGGAAUGCCAAAGGAAGGGAAAGCAGAUGGUGCCACUCAUUGCGCAGACUUGUGGGCGCUUGGAGCCAUACUUUACAUUUUGCAAACAGGAUCUACUCCUUUUUGGAGUCCAAGCCCCUACCUAGCAUUCCUGAAGAUCAAACGAGGACUUCUCGCACGAAGUCGUUUUGGAAUCCCAGAUGAUCCAACUUGGGACCUCAUUCAGAAGCUCAUGAACGUCGAUCCGGCAAAGAGGCUAGGAGCUGAUUCGUUCAACGUUGAAAACGGCAAACUUGUGGAGAACAAAGGAUAUGGCGUUUUGAGACAACAUGAAUACUUCAAAGGAGUGGAUGAAAACGACAAAACUCACGUCAUCCCUUCAUUGCAGGAUCUGUGUAUCCUAGCUUGUACCGAUUUGGCAAAGAAGGAUGCUGUUGACCUGGAUCUCUGUGAAAAGCACCCACCUGGAGACGGAUCGGCACAUGAUUUGACACGUCUACCCGCAUUUCACAAGGGCAAGGUGCUACAUAUUCUUGACAAGUCAAGGGUCUUUUCUCAAGGUGACGAGACUCGAGUUUUCCGCCGAUUUUUCGAGAAAGAUAUUGAUUUCGUGAAAUCAAAAGUUCGACCUGAAUCUAGAGACUUUGUUGGAUUGACGCAGAUGAUUGAUGAUGAGUACAAGCCUCAAAGUGCUCGAGGAAGUGCAGAUCCUUAUGCCAAAAAGGAUGAUCCUUUGCCAACACCUCUUGCUUUCCUUUCCAGCCCUUUGCUCCUGUCCGCGUCUACAGACUGGUCGGAGGACGAAGAAAAGAAACUGAUCAAAGGUUGGAAGACUUCCAUCAGUCACAUCAACAAAACACGGCCGAAAGCGGUAAUUGUGUGUGGGCAACUUGACUCCAGUCCAAAGAUCUGGAAGUUCUUGACUCGGAUUCGUGAUUCUAUUCCAGUUAUUUGGAACGAUGGGUCUUCUUUUUACACCUUUUGGUUGAACGGAUUCCAAGGCAUUGUUCUGCAUUCGUCUGGUCUGCAAGAUAGAGAUGGGGCGCAGAUGCUUUGGUUGCAGGAGCAAAUGGAGCAAUCUCGAAUGGCAAAGCAUCGAGUAUUCUGCUUUUGCGACUGCGAUCCAAAAGAUCUUCCGGAAUUGGUAUUAAAGCGUUUAGCAAGGGGGCGAGUCGCCGCUCUUUUCGGUCUUUCAAACUUCGAAAACUAUGAGGACAUUAUUGAAUACGUUGCAAACGAAAAAAUGGAAGAUGAUGUGUCUGUCAAGUCUACUGACAGUGAAGAGGACAAGGAUGACUGUGCAACUAUGAAAGUAUUUGGGAGUAUAAUCAACGGAAUUCGAAUGAUUACAGUUGAGGAGACAAUGGAUAGCUGGAAUACUACCUUUGAAUUAUUAAUAACAGCCUAG